AGUCAAUAUCCACCGGCGCAUUGAUCUGUCCGGAUAUACAACCUAGCUUUCUAUAUCUAGAACCGAUAUACACAAUGCCAACUGCAGUUGACGCACCUACAGCCAUCCGGGGAGGCCAUGAGCAGGCCCGUCCGCGCAUUCCGCAGCCAUUGCAAUAUUCCGGGUCCCUGGAUGGAUAUUUGAAGAGCGAUCUGACACCUGUCAUCGGACGGGAAUACAGUGGACUCCAAGUCGCAGACAUACUCAAGUCGGAGGAGAGUGAUCGAUUAAUCACAGAUUUGGCAGCGACUAUCUCGCAACGAGGCGUCGUCUUCCUCCGCGACCAAAAUGUCACACCACAGCAAAUGCAACAAUUCGGCGAACGACUAACAGCUCUAGCCGGCUGUCCCGAAUCCUCCACCCUCCACGUCCACCCCCUAACCGAAGAAGGCAGCGAACUUGGCGACCAAAUCAGCGUCAUCAGCAGCGAAAAGCAGAAAAAAGGCGGCGGCCUCACCCACCAACUCAGCGACACCUCCCGUCUCGCCUCCGUCGGCUGGCACACGGAUAUCAGCUUCGAGCGUGUCCCCUCAGACUACGCCAUGCUCAAGAUUCAUACGCUUCCUGAGACGGGCGGUGAUACGCUGUGGGCGUCUGGGUAUGAGGUGUAUGAUCGGUUGUCGGGGGAGAUGAGGGGGUUUUUGGAAGGGUUGACGGCGACGCAUGAUGCGAGUUUUUUUCAUGAGGAGGCGAGGAGGUUGGGGAAUCCGUUACGGAGGGGGGAGAGGGGGUCGCCGUUGAAUGAGGGGGAGGAGUUGAAGGCUGUACAUCCGGUUGUGAGGACGAAUCCUGUGACGGGGUGGAAAUCGGUCUAUGUCAACCGGGGCUUCACGAAGCGCAUCAACGGCGUGACCAAGGAUGAAUCGGAUAUGCUGCUGCAGUAUCUGUUCAAUCUCGUCACGCAAAACCACGACGCCCAAGUCCGGUUCAGAUGGAACCGCAAUGACAUGGCUAUCUGGGAUAACCGGUCGACCUGGCACUGCGCGACGUACGACUACACGGAAGCACGGGCUGGAGACCGUGUGUGUAGUCUGGGAGAAGCGCCGUAUUUUGAUCCCAACUCUAAAUCUCGCAGGGAGGCGUUGGCUUGAGUUGGAGUUUGUUUCUGGUAGUUUGGUUGAUAUCCUCAUGAAUGCAAUAUAUUCAAUCCAUAUGCCGUGCAAGUACAUAAAUAAAUCCAGAAAACACAUCCCUAUCCUGAUAAAGUCAUAAACUCCCAGAAAACCGUUUUGAAAAGAAAGAGUAGCUCAUGCCUGGCAUGGCUCACUCAGCCGCAUCCAGUUCCAGCAUACGGUAUUACCCAUAUCAUCACCAAACAUAGAAGCCAUCAGGUCCUCACCUGAGCGUG